AUGAAGGGUGAUAUAAUACAGCGCCUGAGCACAUUUGGUGGGGCUGGAAUGCGUCUGAAAACGCCUCUCUGUCAAACCACGGAAGUUUCCGCAGUCUUAAAAACGGAGCUGAGCUCUGACAGUCUGUGUGGAAACCUAGAGGAGCAGCUGUGCAGCAGGAAAAAAAACAGUCUACAUCCAGCAACUGCUGUCAUUUCUCACCUGGUAAUGAAAUAAUCUUUAUAUUGCAUGGUUUUUAAUGCUGUAAAAAUACUUUUGUCACUGCUUUUCAGAUAGCAAUGAUAGAAUAACACUAAACUUCAUAUUCCACAGCAUGAGAAAGUUUUGAGUCAUAAAUUAGCACAAGUAAAAAAGUGUCUGCAUGACUUGUUAUGCAUGAGCUGUGACUCUGCUUAUAUGUUGGGUCAAUAGCAGGUACAUAAUUUGAAAAUUUAAGACAUAAUAUAUAUGAUUAUAUGAUUUAAUUCAUACUCCAGGAAACGCUGUCACACUAAAAAAUUAGUACAGCAGUAAGUUAGUUAGUUAGUUAGUUUAUAAGUUGUUCUGUUGGUUAGUUAGUUAGUUAGUCAGUUAGUUAGUUAGUUAGUUAGUUAGUUAGUUAGUUAGUUAGUUAGUUAGUUAGUUAGUUAGUUAGUUAGUUAGUUAGUUAGUUAGUUAGUUAGUUAGUUAGUUUAUUGUCCCUUCUGUGGAAAUUCAUUUUCACAGAUUCUGUACAUACAGGUAUGAAGGGGGAAAGGAAAACUGUUCAUAAAAAACAUAUAACAUUCAUUUCCAGCAGUGAGGUGAAUAAAGACAAUCAGGUUCUAUAGGUAGUAAUUUGAGGUACUGGUGUAGUGGGUGGAUGUGAUCUUGUGUUAUUGCAUUUGUGAUGGCUUUGGCAUUAACUGAGUGAGACUGGAAGUGGAAAGGCGUAUAACCUUUGUUGGUUGCUUUUGUGAGGGAGUUCCUGGAGCAGUAAUUGCAGAAUCAAAGCGCUGUUUUCUUUGGGAGUGUCUUUCUCUAAUCAUCAAAUCAACAAUAAAUGUACUUCCUCAAUUAGAUGACAAGAUGCUUACUGGCACAUCAGGUGAUUUUUCCACAUAGUCUCAGCAUCACACCUCUAAUUACAAAGUACCUGAAUGUGACAUUAAGCAACAACUGUUGCAAAGAAGUUGGAUCUACAGGAGCCCAUAGUUGAUUACAGACAUCAACAUGAGCUUCAUUUUCUGCCUGUCUCUUACAUUUAUAAAGUUUAUUAUUGUCCUUUAGUCAGUUGAGAUGUGUCUCCUCUCAGGCCCUGAGCAAGAUGGUGCACAAAGAGCUUCUGGAUGCAGGGAAAAAGCCCGGACUGGAGAUAUGGCGGGUGGAGAAAAUGGAAUUGGCACCUGUCCCCAAAGAACUCUAUGGAAAGUUCUUCACUGGAGACUCUUACCUACUGCUCCACACCAGCAAAUCCACCCCUACUUUUCACAGCAUUCAUAUAUGGCAUGGUAACAGAACUCUCAAGCUUGCUUACUUUAGAUGAAAGUUCCUAUUUAACCAUGUAUUUUUCAUUCAUUUUUAACUGUGUUCUGCUGCAGGGCAGGAAGCUUCUCCAGAUGAGAGAGGCUGUGCAGCCAUCUUUAUGGUACAGCUGGAUGACCACCUGGGUCAAUCCCCGACGCAGUACUCUGAGUUUCAGGGGAAUGAGUCCUCCACCUUUCAAAGCUACUUCAAGAAGGGCAUCCGUUACAUGGUGAAAUAUCAUAAUCUCAGAUUUAAACAUUGUUAACUAGAAACAAAGCAAUGUUCUAAUAUCACAGGGUAUCUUCAUUAUUUUAGAAGAAGUAACUACUGAUAAACGGACAUGUGCCUAAACAGACAGGAGUGUGUCCAUGAGGUUGGCUGGGGUGGCCUGGGUCCCUUUGAAAUGUUAUUAGACACCUCAGGUGAUAACUCAAAGUCUAAAACUAUAAUUGGCAGAGAUGAGACUUAAGUUAAAUUCAAAUAUUUUGGCUGUGCUCUGUGUGCACGCAUACUUGAUGCCCUCUGUGCAUUAGUCAGUGACACAGCUUGGCCACCCUUGUCAAAAUAGUCUUAUACGCCCCUGUAAAAAACCUUGUUGAUAGGUUGUAUGUCCAUAUGGGAGGAAUAUUUUGGGAACUGUUUGGAUUGGUGGUUGGUGACUCCUUUAAGUUUUCUAAUGAAGGUUUCCAUAGAGAGUCUCAAGGCAAACAAGCCAGGCAGGGGUGUGCCCUCUGAAACAACAGGGCUGCAGAUGUCAUGGCAUAAUUAGGCCUUCGGAAAACAAAUCAUGGCCAGUACUGGCUCUAGCUUAACACACUUAACUUUCUCAAAGCCACGAGAAUCAUCUUAUGUCAAAUUAAAUCCAUCCUUUCAGUAAAUCUCCUUUACUGUUUGUUCCCUUCCCUCUCUUGCAUAGUCUCUAGGCGGCUUGACUGACAUUUCACCUCUAUCCACUCAAUGUCCCACCAAAACAAUAAAAUAAAAUUAAGAAAAAAAAAAUUGUUAGCAUUGUCAAUUACCAACAAUUCUUAGGAAUAGGAACAUUUAAGAUUUUUUUUUGUGGUAUUUCAAAUUUUAUUUCACGGUGCUGAGCAAACAUACUUGUUCACUUUGCAGCAGUCAAGUCUUGAUACAAGCUUCCAACCAACUUCUGGUGCAUAGUAACCCAGGUGCAAAAUUGAAAAAAGUUGUAUACAAGAUGUACAUGAUGUGCUCUGUGGUGUCUGAAUGUUAGAGAACUGCAAUGUUUCUUGGAAAAUCUAUAAAACAGUAGACCACAGUACCAGUCAUUGAAGACACAUGGAAAAUAACUGAAAAAGCUACUUGUCCGAGAAAAUGAUCUCCAGUCUCUAAGCUCUCUGUCAGCCUCAUAAGUUUUUCAAGAUGAACUUAGCUUUUUUUCUUGUCUUAUUCUAAAAGGUUGAAAAAUUUAGCAUGUUUGGUUCAGUCCCAAGUUGACGUGCAAGCUACCAAAAUGCAAUGAUUUAAAUGUUGUGAUUCAACUCUUGCUCCAUACGUUGGGCAUUGUUGUGAGGGCUCGAUAAUGAGUAGGGUGUGGUAAGGUGCGGUAUUAAAACUAUGAAAGGCAGUCAAACACAGGCUGAAUACUGGCGAACUGUAGUACUUAGUUCUUUGCUGCCAUUGUUUUCUCAAAUGUAUUGCUGCUCUGUCUUGGCAAAUUGAUUUUGUCAUGAGAGGAAGCAUGGCUUUUGUGGCAGUGUCACAUAGCACUGGUUAAGACACCACUCGGCAGUGCACAGGCACAGUGCAUCCGGCUUUCCCAGCCACAUGAUCAGAGCUAAGAACGGGAACCCUAAAAGGAACCCUAAGUUGACAUUUUAGUCACUGUAGCUAAAAGUUAAUGAAAUGAUUCCUUGAACUUUGAAAAGAGCUCGGAAGGCCUUGCUUUCUCAAAUAGUUAAAUGAAGCUAGUUAUUUGUUAGUGUUAUGGAGAAUAACACAGAAUUGAAAUAUGAUUGCAGUAAACAGAACUGUUAGCCAUUGUUUUUUUUUUUAUUAUUAUUAUUUUUUUUUUAUUUUGGUAGGAUUAAGACUUGCCUUCUACUUUAUGUCAAUAGCAGCUGGCCAGCAAAUAGUUCCAAAAUCCAUGAAACAACUGAGUGUAAUUUUAGGAAUUUUUUAGUUGUGAGCUUUAGAGAAGGGGUUUGUAUUGGUUUUGAACACCAGUCAAGCUGUUUUCCUCUUUUGAGUCCAAGCAAUGCUAACCAUCUUAAGUAAAGCUCAGUAUGUAAUUACUGCUCUUAGUUCCUUACUCUGUAACUAAAUGCAACUUUUCUCCUUUCAAAGAAAGGUGGAAUUGCCUCAGGCUUCAAGCAAGUGGUCCAGAAUUCAAUCAGACCAACCGUACUGCAUGUUAAAGGUCGACGGAAUAUCACAGCCAUGGAAGUCGACAUGAAUUGGUCAAGCUUUAACAACGGAGACUGUUUCAUUAUUGACUUGGGAAAGGUGAUAAAGAUUAAAGAUUGAUGCAUAAAAACAUUUGAGAAUGAUGUAGUCAACGCUGUAGGAACUAUGCAGUUUUUCACCAAUGCUGUCCAUCUUCUUUAUUUACCCUGCUCACAUAUGCCAGGUGUUUUAUCUCUGGGUGGGGAAAAACGCCAAUAGGUUUGAACGCCUGAAGACCACUGGACUGGCUAUUGAAAUCCGCGAUAGUGAGCGUCAGGGCCAGGCUGCCUUGGAACAUGUUGAAGAAGGCUCUGAGCCAGAAGAAAUCAUCAAAGUGAGCUACAUUUUUUUCUUUUUUGGCAUAUUCUAAAAACAUCUGGUAAAUUGUGUCCUUGGUUACUACAAAGACGUGAUGCUAGUGGAUUUUGUGUGCAUGUGUACAUUUAUAGCUGCUUGGACCCAAGCCCGACCUCCCAGAUCCUGUUCAGGAUGAUGAUGCAGCUGAUUUAAAGAACACGAAGAAAGCUUCGCUCUAUCGAGUAAAAACAACCCCACAAAUAUUCAUCUAGUUUAAUGUAUUCUUUCUCAUAAGAAAGAGAAACUAACUUGUAUAAAUGACAAGUUAAACUAUUGGAAUAACUUCUCUCCUUUGCAGAUUUCGGAUGCUACUGGGACCAUGAAAAAAACCUUGAUUGCGGAAAUAAACCCCUUUAAACAAGACAUGCUUCACCAGGAUGAAAUCUUCCUUCUGGACAAUGGGGUAGAUCGCAGGGUUUUUAUCUGGAAAGGUAGUAGUUCAUGACAUCUAUGUAUUAUACAGCCUUUUGAGUGAUAAAAGUGCUCUGCAAGUCUGUGAUCUGUAACAACUUUACCACUGCAGGGAAGAUGGCAAACAAAGAAGAGCGUAAGGCAGCAAAAGAAAUUGCAAACAAAGUCAUCUCAGAUGAAGGUUAUCCCUCAAACACUCAGGUAUUGUAGCUAAAUAGUAGAAGUUUAGAAUCCUGUAUCCAUCCUUUCAUGUUUCCUCACAUGCGAAUGUGCUUGUCUUCUGUCCAUUUUAAAUGAACAGGUCAUUGUUCUGCCAGAUGGGGCUGAGACCAUGGCUUUUAAGCAGUUCUUCUCUAACUGGCUGGAUAAGGAUGAGACCACAGGCCCAUGUCAGGCCUUCAUCAAUAGUAAGAUUGCCAAGGUGGCGCAGAUUCCCUUUGAUGCCACUGCACUCUACAACAACAGUGCAAUGGCAGCCUUUCAUGGCAUGGUGGAUGAUGGCUCGGGGAAAGUCCAGGUGGGGCUGCUAGAACUUUCUGUGCCAUUGGUGCUUUAUAUUUUGUGUAAGUUAUCAACAUGAAGAAAUUACUAUGUUGGGUUUCUCUAGAUCUGGCGUGUAGAGGGAGGUGAUAAAGUACCCGUGGACCCGUCCACCUAUGGCCAGUUCUUUGGAGGAGACUGUUACCUGGUGCUGUACUCCUACAACACAGGAGGCAGAGAGAAGCACAUCAUCUACACCUGGUCAGUGUAACCUUUUUGUGUGUGUGUGUGUGUGUGUGUGUGUGUGUGUGUGUGUGUGUGUGUGGAGUUACCAUUGACAGAGUGAAAGGUAAAAUAUUGUUUUGAGAACAGUGCUGACCCCGUGGUUAUAUAUAAUUAAAAGGCUGUGCGAAAUACUUGUUUCUUACAUUUUCUUGCAAUGACUUACUAUUUUUUUGAUAGCACAAUGUUUUUGUUAUGAAGAACAGAUAGUUGCUGGAUGCAGCUCAAACCUCAGACUUGUUUGCAUUAAUUGUGGUCAUAUAGGAAAAGACAGAGAAGUGAAAGACAAAAAAACACAAAUUACGACAAAGAAAUCUCCAAAAUUAAACAUCUCCAUCAUCUAACAUAACAUGGUAUGAAAUUCAGUUGUGUUCGAGGACCAAGAAAUGGAAAAGGAAUUAUUACAGACUCAAAGUGAUGAGGCAGGCUCAGGUACACACAACAUACAGUUUCAUGAAGAAACAAAGUGUAAAAAUUUAAAAACACAGGAGAGUGCUGUUGUCUCUCUUGUUAUCAGUAAAAUAAGUCUAAAGUUAAUUAAAAAAAACACAGGAAGAAAACACAACAGAGCUGGGGAACAUUCCCCUCUGGCAUCUUUUCCUUGUGUCUUCGUCCCUCCCAUCAGAGAUGCAUGUAGAGACCUGAAGGAGUGCAGAGAGGUCUUUGUCUGCAUAUAUGGGUACUGUUUCUCUUCAAUCAGACCCACACAGUAAGAGUGUCUCUGUGUGAUAUCCAUUUAACAAAACCCUGAACCUUAUUUUCUAACUGGGCCCUAUUUCCUCAUGUUCGUGUUUGUGGGGAAGACUAGGCCUUGUUGUCACACUUUUUAUACUCUUGUAUAUUUCUUGGAAACAAUACAUCAUAUGUAAACAGAAUGUGUACCAUAUGAAAGACCAAAGUCUGAGGUAUAUAUUUCGUAUUCAUGUCAUUUUCAUAUCUUGUUAGUGCAAUAAGCCAUUGAACAAACGUUAAUAUAAAAUAUCAUGCAACACGUUCUGGAGUUUGGAGAGCUGUCUGACUCUGUGUUUCGGCUGGGGUGAAUGUUUUGCAGUACCAAGCAAAGGUAAGGUAGUUGACGUCAGAGUACUGUAUCAGCCUCCAGAUUGAUUUAUUAGCUCAGGUCACCUGUCUGACUGCCCUCAACAUCACGUCAGGCACUGCACUGCCAUGUGCUGUUUUUCUUUUGAAACUCCUUACUGUUACAUACCAAAAUAUGUAAAAGGGGAUGAAGGUAGUAACAAUGGUUAAAAAAAGAACCAAGGUUAAGUAACGGCGUCCAGGGUAUUUAAUCAAACAGAAAAGUUUUUUCUUUGAGGUUAAACAACCAACUUAAAACAAGCACUAGGCCGAGAAAAAACACCAAUACAACAUAAAUGGUAGGCUAAGGUAACGGAGGAAAACCGCAAAUGCACUGCAGGCUCCAAUGCCACUGUAGGCCUGCUCAGUCCAGCCACUACUGAACCACAUCAGGUGGUCUUUACACGAGUAUGAAUUUGUAAGGCACCGGUAAAAUAAACUAUUGAUCUGGUGAUAUUGACACACAGAUGCGUGUAUUUGUCCAUGACUCUGCAUCUUUUUUGAAAACGGGUCUGCAGGUGGAUAUUUGGGUAUUCGUCUUCAUGCCAUAGUUGGUGCAAAUAGAUAAGUCCAGAAAAGGCGGUGACCUCAUAGCACCCCUCCUCCUCCCUGCCCCCCAACCUACGUUGUCACACACACAGCAUGUAUGUUUGAACAUGCGCAUUCUCAGUUCUUGGUGCUUUGUGGCAAUUUCAAAGUGUCACCUUUAGGCCAGGCGUAUGUACUACAGGAUUUUGAGUGGAUUUUGCGUUGUCAUGUAAAUGCACUAAGCCAAUGUACAAUAAGAUUUACACACACACACACAGAGAGAGAGAGAGAGAGAGAGAGAGAGAGAGAGAGAGAGACCACAGCCACACCUGCCACACCUCUACUGCAGUGGAGAAAACCUGCAGGGAGAGAGAGACAGAGAAAACAGCACACAAACACCCAGGGCAUGUAACACUGACCGUGUCUUCUCGCUUUCUCCUCUCCCUUAAACCACUCUUUUCUCUGUAAAAAUGAAGUCAAAAUUUCAAUAUGACAACUGCUGAUAAGCAGACUCUAUGUUAAUUUCAGUCCCUUUGAGGUAGCUUUCACACCUGACCAAGCGGACUCAGUUUGAUUGGAGAGCUGAAAAUUGCAACAUUGUUGCAUUUAUCACUUGCUUCAGUUCUGCUUUCACACUGUGAUUUCUAAAGCGCACUGAACUUUCCGAGCAGCAUCACGUGGUUCAAAAGGGCGCUUGUCAAUUGGACAAAGUUGGAGGGGUAUGUAACCUCAUGGAUUACAAACAGGGGUGGACUAGCCAUCUUGUAUUGUAUUAUUUUUCUAACUUUGAUGAUCUAACAUGUGACAACAUAUGAGCUCAGAGUUUAAGGACUGUGACUGUUGGUAGUUAUGAUUUGACUUUGUUUAAAUAUGCCAAAUUGUGAAUUUAUGGGUGAUUCUUGUUCAGACAAUUGAGCUACGCUAGCCAGCAACUGCUAAUGUCAGCGGUGACUUGUUGCCAUAGCAACAAACGACGCAAUGCUUUCUCUACCCAAAAUGCACUGUGCUGCACAUCUGCGCAUUUCGGGUGAGAGGCUGGACUCACUUGGAGAUGCAGCGCGUCUUCAAAGAAAAUACAAGAAAUCCAAAAACAGCAGACAGUCAGUUCAGGCUGUAUGAGAGCAUGAUCUCUGAACUCACUAAAAUCUGUAAACCAAACAUUAGAGAUUUAGAGACAACUGCUCUGCUACAACAAUCAAAAACAGUAGAAAUAAGAAACCUAACAAAACUACAGCAGAGUAUCAUUGACUCGUAGUUUUUUUUAGAGAUUGAAGAUUUAGAGAUUGAAGUUAUAAACCUGGGAGAAUAAAGUCAUAAAGUAAAUAAAGUCAUAAAGCUGCUUUUGUGGAGGGGGAAAUGACUGAAGCUGGUCAUCUGCAGGGUUAUCUGUGGAUGUAUCAGCGGGUCAUUCAGAGAGAUUUUGUGGUUUUUAAGAAACAAUCAAACUGAUGAUCAACAUUUGUGAUCCAGAGGGAGUCAAGCUCUGACGGGCUCUGUCUCUGACACCGGCGGUAACCUACACCUGCAACUUAUUUUGGCAUAUGGAUUCAUAUCAUAAACUAAAGCCCAAUGUCAUUCACUGCUAUUUACAGCUGCAUUGACAGAUAUAUUAUAUCCUCAGCAUAUCCAUUUCUGCCUCCACAAUAGCAAUGAUUUCCUUCAAGUACACCAGUUUUUUUUCCCGUGGAAAAGACGUAUUUCUCAUAUAUUCUUUCUUAAGUCUUUAUACUUAUGACAAUGUAAUGCUGAUGUUCCAAAGGAUGAAGUAUCUCCUUGUUUGUGAAACCUAUACUGCAGCACAGUUCCUUUAAAUGCUUCAUGGCCUUAAUUUGAACAACUCUCCUUUGAAAUAACAGGUAAUCUUAUGACUUUAUUCUCAUAAAUGAAUGACUUUAUUCUUAUGAAUUCAUGACUUUAAUCUUGCCUUUAAAAAAAUUCUCAAUAUGGCCCUCAUACUCCUUCGUACAAAACAUGCACUCAUUGGAUGAAUUUUGUGGAAAUGAUCUGUGCUUGUAUGUAUCUACUAUUUUGUGUCUGUGCAAGGUCAUACAAUUAAAAAAUAACUGCUGCGCUCCGCAGCUUUUCUUCAAGUCAGUCGUAUCGCAGGCCUGAGGGCGGGGACAUUUGGCGACUCAACCAGGAAGUCCUCCGAAGGGUAGUCGGUCCCAUUUCACAAAAACCGGACCAUCCCACCCAGGGUACUUAAGUCCACAUAACGGCAGUAUGCUCAGCUAAGCACGCUUAAGCACGCUUAUCCUGAUGCGGUCUCUGAAAUGAGACACAGCCAUAGAUUGGCCCUCAUCUCAGCUCACAAUGUGCUCUUCUCUUCUCAGACAGGACAUGACCCCUGGUCAUAUAAAGGAAAAAAAAAAACUAGUGUUCCACUUUUUAGUUGUGCCCUCUGGUGGCAAAGAUAAAUGCAAUGUGACAACUUACCCAUGUGACAACAAGCCCCGGUCUCCCCUACUCGACUGAUAUGGACAGCAAUUUCUGAAAUUGGUCCAGUAUUGAAGUGAGCUAAAAUGUAGUUUGACCUGAUAAUUGUGCAACAUCAAACUGUGUCCACCUCAAGUGUUUUAUUUCCCCAUUGCAAGGCUCAGAGAGUUAUUAUAAGUCCACAUUACAAGACAGGCUUCCAGUUGAAUAAAGUACAACCAGGUCAAACCCUGAUUGUAAACAAGAGUUGCUUUAGAGACUAGAUAUUAAAUUUAUUCUGACAGAUUUGGCUCAGUUCUCGAAUGAGGUAUGAUGCUAGUGCUUUGCUGUGUUUAGGCAAGGUCUGAAGUGCUCAAAGGACGAAUUGGGAGCCUCAGCCUUUCUCACCGUCAACCUUGAUGAUUCUAUGGGAGGAGUAGCAACCCAGGUAAGAAAUUCACCACUACAACUAACAUAUUUCUCAGGUUCAUUUUCUGUCGAAGAGGCUGUGUGUUCUUCCUUACACUGAUUUUGCUCUGCCUACAACCUUGAUUUCUGUUGCUAGGUUAUGAAAGUGGUCUUUCAGUACUUCCGCAUCCCACAGUGAUGAUCAUCAAAUCUAUUUCGAAUUGCUUUGAAUGCUUUGCAUUGGCCUUCUUUCAAUGAAAUUAUAAAAUGAAAAGACCCUAGAAAAUGAUUGAUGGAAUUCAUGCCCUGGUAUCAGCAUCUGCUCUAAACCUGGAAAUGUAAUGAUGAGUUUCUCCUCAGUAGUGGCCUAUGUAGUAAGUGUUUCCAAAGUCCUACCUUCUGUUGACAUUGUCAAAUGCAGCUGUGUUUUGGAAGUUACAGUAUUUUAAAUUAAGAGCACCAAGAGUGCAGAGACUAAACGCCAGCGGACGUUAAGGAUGCUGUACUGAGGAUGCAUGAGAGCCACACAAAUGAGAUGGUUUUGGGUCAAUAGAAGCCGGCGAAACCAGCACAAAUACCUGCAUCGAUGAACACGACUCCUGACAGUCCAACAACACUUUCACACUUUUGUAUAACUUCUCCCAGUAAACUUGGCAUAAAGACUGUAAAAGAUGAUGGCCAACUUAUUUAGGAUAAAUUAACAGGAGUUACGAAAUGAGUUUCAAUAUAACACUGGUGUUGUUAUAUAUAAUGUUCACUGGUGUUUUAACUCAAGAACAGUCGUGGACCAAAAAUCAACCCUUGAGAAUUACCUUAAAAUCAUUUUUUUUCCCUCUUUUUUGUACACAGCUCUCUUUGUUGCAUGUUGCUGUCAAAGUUCCUGUAUAAAUAAGCUGAGCUGGGUUUGACGGCACACUCUUGCCAUUAGUGCAUUGGAUGAAGGAUACAUGUCAUCUGUAUCUAAAAUACAUGUAAGUUAAGAUACUAUAAUUUCCCUACAGGUACGUGUCACCCAGGGUCAAGAACCUGCUCAUCUUAUGAGCUUGUUUAAGGGAAAACCACUGAUCAUCCACGCAGGUGGGACAAGCCGUAAGCAUGGUGAGAGCCAGCCUGCAAACAAACGGCUCUUCCAUAUCCGCCACACCUCCACCGCAGCCCACCGGAUUGUUGAGGUCAGCCUUGUUUGUCUCAAUAAAAGUGCAUGAAAGCUUAGAAAUGCCUUGAUAUGAAUGACUCACUCAUUUCUUCCUGCCUUUUUUCCCUAUCUGACUGACCCAGGUGGAGCCUGUUGCCCCCUCCCUGAACACAAAUGACAUAUUUGUGCUGAAGACUCAGGCUUUCGUGUAUGUGUGGUGCGGAAAGGGAGCAAAUCCUCAGGAAAUGGAUGCAGCCAAGUAUAUUUCUGACUUGCUUGGAGGAACUGUCACAGAGGUGGAGGAGACAAAGGAGCCAGGUGGGUGCUAAAAAAUGCUUUUAAUGUCUGCAGGAUACAUGUGUAGAGUACCUCCUGUGGAAACCUAUGGUUUUCUGCUUGUUGUCAGAAAUGUUCUGGAGUGCACUGGGUGGAAAGAAGGACUACCAGACCUCUCCUCUUCUGCAGAUGACUAUCAAGCAACCAAGGCUGUUUGGUUGUUCAAACAAGACUGGCAGUCUGAUUGUAUGUAUAUAAACUGAUAUAUAUCUAUUUCAUCAGGAGAAGAAAGGUUAUUGUUGCAUUUUAAUGAAUUCAUUUACCUUAUCAUCCUACUGAAUUUGGAAAGCUUUAAUGUAAACAUGUGUUGUACGAUAUCUAGGCAGACGAGGUGCCUGGUGAGUUUACACAGAUGGAUCUGGCACCUGAUGAUGUCAUGAUCCUCGACAUCUGGGAGCAGGUACAUUGCAUACAAUUUUUUUAAAACAGUUUUGUUUAUUAAAUUUUUGUACACAAAGAGGUGAUAAGUUCACAGUACUUAUGAAUGGCAGAUGUUGUAAACACUUUUAAAGUGGUACAAAAGUUUUGGCAUGCUCCAGAAGGUUUCUCAAGUCAUCAACCCCAAAAUGGACUGUAUAUGUUACAAUUAAAUCCCUGGGGUUAAAUAAAAGCUGAUCAGAUUACAUCAUUAAAUGUGUGUGACAAAAUAAUUGAAAAAAAAAACAGCAGAGCUAGACUAUGUACAAGAUGCUUUAACUGAAACAAAAAACAAAAAAGUGAUUGAACUGGUGGAUAUCAGGGGCUGCUGAUUUCUCCCUGCCCUAGCUGGCUGGCAGGCUCAUUGUAACUAAUCUUUAAAACACUAAAGUUACAACAUAAGACAAACUGUAAGAAGCAGAGUAAGAUCAGCAAGUUCUUUUGUUUUUUAGGUGAAAUGUUUUUUUUUUUUUUACCAUGACGUCUGACAAAAGACUGAUAUCAAGUUGCUUUUAAUCAGAGAUUCACAGAGCUGUACAUUGGCUGUGGUACGGGACAAUACUGAUACUUAUGCUGCUCUGACCCAAUCCAGUCUCAUACUUAUAUAAAUGUGAGAGUAGUGCAUGUGUAUCCUCAAUGUGAGCAUAAGACUGACAAUUAACUGAAUGAUCAUCAACAAAAAUGAAUAUACAUGGAGCGGUCUUGUAAAGCUCCUAUGAGGAUCUUUGGAUUUGUAUCAGUUUUGGCUAUCCACGUCCUCAACAUGCAGUUUGUAGUGUCUUCUGGCAAAAGUCUCAUUUUGCUUACUUCUUCACAACUAAAUGUAUCAUUUAUAAUGAACCAUUUGUCAUGUCCCUGAUGGUCUUUUUAGCUUUACACCAUAAAAUAGCAUCAGUAUGAACUUCAGUCUAUUUCAGCGAUGUCAAAAACUCCUUCUAUCUCUCAGAAAUGGCAGCUCAAUAGUUAACUUCUGAAUGCAGCUAAGGAUGAGUCAGGUAUUACAUUUCCAUUUAGAAGUGGUCAUUGUGUAAUGCUGCUGGGUAGGCGUUUUCUUGAUGGCAGUGGAAAUCAAGUUGGACUGAUCUUGACAGACAACAUCUUUGUAAGUCUCCGGAGUGAUUAAUCCAAGACUUCUCUCUAGUAAUUUUAUAGUUACACUGGGAAGUUUCCUGUGUCUUUUUAACUGACAAAGUCACUGGCUUUGAUUUGGCUUGUGUGUUUUUUUUUUCUGGUUAAACUUGGUGUAUAACUUUGACUUGAUGAUGUUUGAGAUCACCGUUUUAAUUGGUUGUGUAACAGUUUGCAAAGCUAGCACCAGCCCUCAAAACAUGAGCUUUGCAUAUAUCAACAAUCGGUGAGAGUUGUUAGCCUCUUUAGUAAGCCCCCUCGAUGACUUGUUUUCCCCCUUUCAUUUGUGGCUGCCAUUUCAAAUUUUCUUCCACACUGAUAAGCCAUUAAGACAGCAGUAGUUUGUUAAUAGUAGCAGAGUUCCCCCAUAAUGGGACAAGUCAGUCUUAGCUUUUGUGAAUACCUUUGCUCUUGCUGCCUUACCCUUAACUCCUGGUUAUUUUUCCUACCAGAUAUUUGUUUGGAUUGGAAAGGAAGCCAACGAGACAGAGAAAACUGGAUCACCCAAAAUAGGUAAAAAAAAAAAAAAAAAAGGCACUAGGUAAAUUUGGAGACAUUACCUUUGAGGCCUUUUCCAUAAAUGUAUCUUUGUUUUACUCUCAGCCCAAGACUAUAUAAACUCGGACCCCUCUGGGCGUCAUGGAAUUCCUAUCAGCCUCGUCAAGCAGGGCAUGGAGCCGCCCACCUUCACUGGCUGGUUCCUUGCCUGGGACCCCAAGAUGUGGGACAAAAGUACAACUCCAUAA